CCGAUUGAGUUCUUCAGGUUUCAGUGAACAGAAGAAAAUUCCAAGAAAUGGCGAUUUCAAAAGUUAGAUUGAAAGCUUGGUUCAGUAAGAAAAUCAGCGAACCACUAGUCCAGAUCUUGCGCAGAGGUGCUGAGCCAAAGCAGCUGGCUUUCUCUGCGGCAAUAGGCAUUACCAUGGGAGUUUUUCCAAUCUGUGGUGUUACAGUGUUGCUAUGUGGAGUGGCUAUUGCGUCGCUUGGAUCUCUUUGUCACGCUCCAACUGUGAUGUUGUUUAACUUCAUUGCUACUCCAAUAGAGCUAAGUCUUGUGGUGCCCUUCUUACGGCUUGGAGAAAAACUAACCGGUGGAGCUCAUUUUCCUUUAACAUCUGAUGCCCUGAAGAAGGUUUUUACAGGCCAAGCUUCCCGUGAAGUUUUUUUUAGCAUUGGUAAUGCGCUACUAGGGUGGCUCAUAGCAACUCCAUUUGUGGUCGUUGGACUGUACAUUCUGUUUCUACCAUGUUUCACUAUCCUUGUCCGUAAAUUCGGCUCUGCUUCUCCGACCGCAAAGACACAUACCAGUCAGCACUCUGAACUCAAGACAAAGGAAAGGGUCGCUUAAAUCAUCAACAAGAGCAAGAAACUCACAUCUACUUCACCACUCUAGAUCAGACUUUGACGCAAGGUGAAACACCAGGAUUUCUUGGUUUCUAAAGAAGAGCGUUGGAGAUCUGCGAUGUUGAUGUGAAGUUGGUGUUUGUGUGUUUCUGCAGUAAUAGGCCUGUCUAUAGAAAUCAGUGUUAAGGCCAAUAACGCAUCGAGUUGUGUAUCAGUGUGUGUAUGAUGAUAAUAUAUAGGUAAAGCUUAUAAUACUCUUUUAUAAAUCAAACCAAGUCUUAACUA